UUCAAAUUUAAUACAUUUAUUUUGCUGGGGAGAGACCGAGAGAGAGAGCGAGAGAGAGAUUUGACGGAGGAUAAGACGGGAUGGUGGGAGGAUCAAGCUCAUGGUCGCGCGCGCUGCUGCAGAUCUCACCUUACACUUUCUCCGCUAUUGGUAUUGCUGUUGCUAUUGGUGUCUCUGUUCUUGGCGCUGCCUGGGGUAUUUACAUUACUGGGAGUAGUUUGAUUGGUGCUGCCAUUAAGGCUCCCCGUAUCACUUCCAAGAAUCUCAUUAGUGUCAUAUUUUGUGAAGCCGUUGCUAUAUAUGGUGUUAUUGUGGCAAUCAUUCUACAAACGAAGUUGGAAAGUGUUCCUGCAUCCCAAAUAUAUGCACCUGAGUCUCUUAGAGCAGGAUAUGCCAUCUUUGCCUCAGGAAUCAUCGUGGGCUUUGCAAAUCUUGUGUGCGGGUUGUGUGUAGGAAUCAUUGGGAGUAGCUGCGCACUCUCUGAUGCUCAAAACUCGUCACUUUUUGUGAAGAUCCUUGUUAUUGAAAUUUUUGGUAGUGCACUUGGCUUGUUUGGAGUAAUAGUGGGUAUAAUUAUGUCAGCACAAGCUUCUUGGCCCUCCAAAGUUUAAAGAUGAUCCAGUUUGGAUGGAUGAAGCAACCUCUGUGACUCAGCUUGGCCUUAAAAAUUGGUAUCUAGUUCGUCCAACGUUAAAUUAGGCAAGUUGAGUAGUAAUAUGCCCCUUAUGCUUGUUCCAAUAUUUGCCAUAGGAGAUCUGUGCAUCCAAUAAGAUUUUCUCCACUACAAGGUGUGACCUUGCAUCCAAUAAGAUGUUACAUGUGUUUCUUUUACCAUUAUUUGACUUAUAUAAAAUUUGUAUAUCUUUUGAACGUGCAA